AUGAUCUAGUAUUUAGGUAUAUUAGCAAUUAUAUAAUAUAAGCUGAGUUAUUGGCACUCAAAAAUAUAGGCAGAAGCACAAAACUUGACCUAAUACUAGAACCAUCCAUAGUUUAUAGGUAAUUUCAUUAGAUUUGGAUUUGAUGGAAUUGUUAGAGAUUUUAUAUUUAACAGUGCCCUAAAUAUUUUUAUUGCAAUGAUCUUUUACUUUACCAUUUUGUGCUUAUCUUAUUAUUACUUUUUCAAAAAGAAUGAAUAACUUUAUUUACUAAAAUUAAAUGCAAAAUUUAAUAUCUAUUAUGAUAUGAAAUGA